UUUUUGGGGUAAUGUUGGGUUUGACUCGUGGAGUGGACAUGACAGUAGCGUGGCAACACUGCGCAGUAGCGCGCCGUCGGCUCAUCUGUCGACGACUGUCGUAUUUCGGAAAUCAAAGUUUUUAUGUUUUCCCUCGAAUUAUCGCUUUAAAUCCUUUGUUUAUCACAAACUGUCGUUCUAGUGAUUAUGUGUUAUCAUCUAGUGUGUGCCAGAGUUGUAUGAUAAGGGUGUCGUUGCAUGGUGGGGGCAAGGCGGCAAGAUGGGGGACAGCUUCCUUCACCAGGGGGACAUCGUGUCCCUCUACGCGGAGGGGACGGUCUCAGGCUUCCUCAGUACUUUAGGGUUGGUAGAUGACAGAUGCGUCGUCUGCCCCGAGGCGGGCGACCUCACUGACCCGCCCAAAAAGUUCCGAGAUUGCCUAUUUAAAAUAUGUCCCAUGAACCGCUACUCGGCGCAGAAGCAAUUCUGGAACACGGCGAAGCAGUCGGCCAACAACAACACUGACACGGGCCUGCUCAAGAGAUUACACCACGCAGCAGAGAUAGAAAAGAAGCAAAAUGAGUUGGAGAACAAGAAGUUGCUGGGCACCGUCGUGCAGUACGGCAGCGUGGUGCAGCUGCUGCACGUCAAGUCCAACAAGUACCUCACCGUAAACAAAAGACUGCCGGCGCUGCUCGAGAAGAACGCGAUGCGUGUCCAUCUAGACGCGAACGGAAACGAAGGCUCAUGGUUCUACGUGAUGCCUUUCUACAAGUUACGAUCUACUGGUGACAACGUGGUGGUAGGCGACAAAGUGAUAAUGAACCCCGUGAGCGCGGGCCAGCAAGUCCUACACGUGUCCUCCAACCACGAGCUACCCGACAACGCGGGCUGUAUGGAGGUCAACGUAGUAAACUCCUCAACUUCCUGGAAAGUGACCCUGUUCCUGGAACACAAAGAGAACCAGGAAGAGAUCCUCAAAGGCGGCGACGUGGUCCGUCUGUUCCACGCGGAACAGGAGAAGUUCCUCACCAUGGACGAGUACCAGAAGAGGCAGCAUGUGUUCCUGAGGACCACGGGGAGGUCCAGCGCCACAGCGGCCACUAGCAGCAAGGCACUGUGGGAGAUAGAGGUGGUCCAGCACGACCCGUGCCGCGGCGGCGCGGGACACUGGAACUCCAUCUUCCGAUUCAAACAUUUAGCCACUGGACACUAUUUAGCCGCCGAAGCGUGCGUCAGGCCACCAGACGCACCGCUAGACACAGGGGAGCCCGCCUACCAACUAGUAUCUGUAGCACACUCCUCAGAAAUAGCCACACUCUUCGAAUUAGACCCGACUACUAUGACUCACUCCGACACACCCGUACCGCAGAGUAGUUAUGUCAGAUUACAACAUCUAUGUACGCACACAUGGGUGCAUUCGACGUCGAUACCUAUUGAUAAAGAUGAAGAAAAACCAGUCAUGUCCAAGGUGGGUUGUUCAGUGGUGAAGGAAGACAAAGAAGCGUUCGCCCUGAUCUCUGUGUCUCCGAGCGAAGUUCGAGACCUGGACUUUGCGAAUGACGCGUGCAAAGUGCUUUCCGCGCUGUCGAGCAAGCUGCAGAACGGAAACAUAGAACACAACGAGAGGAAAGCACUGACCUGCCUUCUCCAAGACAUAGUAUACUUCAUAGCCGGAUUUGAAAAUGAACCGAAUAAAUCCGAGGCCUUGGAGCUGAUAGUUGAGAACCCGAACAGAGACCGCCAGAAGUUACUGCGAGAACAAUAUAUCCUGAGACAACUGUUCAGGAUACUGCAGGGUCCCUUCCAAGAGUCAUCAGAAGGCGAAGCUUUCCUCAAAAUAGAAGAAUUAUGUGACGCGCGAUACGCGGCCUACAAGUACAUCUUCCGGCUCUGCUACCGGAUACUGCGGCUCAGCCAACAGGACUAUCGGAAGAAUCAGGAAUACAUAGCGAAGCAUUUCGGGUUCAUGCAGAAGCAGAUAGGCUACGACAUUCUAGCCGAAGAUACCAUCACUGCAUUACUACAUAACAAUCGGAAAUUACUGGAAAAACAUAUCACGGCUUCUGAGAUCGAAACCUUUGUAGGGCUCGUCCGCAAAAACAUGAAGACAUGGCAGUCACGUUUCCUCGACUAUCUGAGCGACCUGUGCAUCUCCAACAAGAAGGCGAUCGCCGUCACGCAGGAACUCAUCUGCAAGAGCGUGCUCUGUGCCAACAACUCGGACAUACUCAUCGAGACAAGGGUUGUCUCGACGAAAUACGAGAAGAGCAGCGGUUCCCCUAAGACAGAAGAGGAAACCAAACAGUACACCGUCGAGGACGAAGUGAUACUGCUGUGGCAUAACAAGAAGGAUUCCCGCCUACUAACGGACUUAGCGGCCGAAGCACGCGAGGAACCAACAGGCACGUCAGCGGCCAUCUUGGAUUACUAUCGCCACCAGCUCGACCUGUUCUCCAACAUGUGUCUCAACAGGCAGUACCUGGCGCUCAACACGUUGUCGCCGCAGUUGAAUAUACAGCUGAUACUCAAGUGCAUGUCAAACAACUUGCUGUCCCACGAACUCCGAGCAUCUUUCUGCCGUCUAAUGCUGCAUCUACACGUCGACCGUGAUCCUCAGGAGCCGGUGACGCCUGUCAAAUACGCGCGUCUGUGGACUGAGGUGCCGGACCACAUACAUAUCAAAGAUUACCAAUGCGUGAAAGGCGGCCACGACGCUAACCGCGAGAAAGUUAAACAACAAUUCGCUUCCACCAUCGGCUUCGUGGAGAACUACCUCUGCAACGUCGUCACUCGGACGUGGUACUUCAGCGACCACGAUCAGAACAAACUGACGUUUGAGGUGGUCAAGUUGGCCAGGGAGCUGAUCUACUUCGGUUUCUACAGCUUUAGCAAUCUCCUGCGGUUAACGAAGACGCUGCUCAGCAUCCUGGACAGCGUGACCUCUGCUAUGGACCUGUUGAAUGAGACCAACGCCUUAUCCGGGGAAGUUGAAUCUGAAGGUGGAGUGCUUCGCAGCAUCGGCGACAUGGGCGCCGUCAUGACGUCAAUCACGCUGGGAUCUGUCACUAGAAAUGCGGGGGGAGGGGGCGGCGCGGCGGCGGGGGCGGGGGGAGGGGGCGGCGCGAGCGCGGCGCUGGCGCGCGAGCACCCGCUCGUCAUGGACACCAAGCUCAAGAUCAUCGAGAUCCUGCAGUUUAUCCUGGACGUCCGACUGGACUAUCGCAUCAGCUGCCUCCUCUCCAUCUUCAAGAAGGAGUUCGAGCAAGCCGGCGAGCGGGCCGACGUCGAGGCCAUAGGGCUCCAGGCCGAAGGCAUAUUCAGUUGCAGAGCAAUUCAGACUGUACCCGACGGGUGCCUCCCCAAAAAUGUAGACUUGGACGGCCUCGACCUGGACGAGUGCGGAGGGCGCAUGGUAUUACGCGUGCUGCUGCAGUUGUGCUCUCAAGGAGCUUCGGCGGCGUUGGUCUCUGGAGCCCUAGCGUUGCUGUUCAGGCACUUUAGUCAGCGGCAAGAGGUGCUGGCGGCCUUUAAACAGGUCCAACUGCUAGUGUCUGACGCGGACGUGGAGUCGUACAAGCAGAUCAAAGCGGACUUGGACCUCUUACGACAGAGCGUAGAAAAGUCCGAGCUGUGGGUCUUCAACAAGGGCCGCGCAGGCGCACUGGACGAACACGGAGGUGGAAUAGGCACAAUGGGUCCCGGCGGAGCGAUCCUAGAGCGCAACGCUUCCAUGGACAACGUUCUGGACACGUCGCGGACCGCCAAGCACGACAACAACGAAUACAAGAAAAUCAAACACAUACUACAACGCAUGAUCAAAUACUGCACCCACGGAAACAGCGGCACCGCCGCCAGCGGCAAGCCACGGCGGCACGAGCAAAGACUCCUGCGGAAUAUAGGCGUGCACAAUAUUGUACUGGAUCUAUUGCAAGUCCCCCACGAUGAAGAUGACGCAGCGAUGGAUGAACUGCUGGCGCUGGCACACGAGUUCCUCCAGCACUUCUGCCACGGCAACCAGCAGAACCAGGCCAUCCUGCACAAACAUCUAGACCUGUUCCUGAACGCUGGGAUCCGCGAAGCCCAGACCGUCUGCGCGAUCUUCAAAGACAACGCAACGCUGUGCAGCCACGAGGGUAAUGAAAAAGUCGUCGCACACUUCGUGCACUGCAUCGAGUCCAGAGGCCGAAGACCGGCGUACCUACACUUCCUGAGGACCAUAGUGCAUGCUGACACGCAGUAUAUAAGGAGGAGCCAGGAUUUGGUUAUGCAAGAGAUGGUGAACGCCGGUGAAGACGUGCUGAUAUUCUACAACGACCGCGUGUCGUUCAACAACUUCAUACAGAUGAUGCGGCAGUACAAGCAGACCAACGAGAUGCCCGAAGCGUUGAGAUACCACAUCCAGUUGGUGAAGCUUCUAACAUGUUGUACGAUGGGCAAAAACGUGUACACGGAGAUAAAGUGUCACAGCUUGCUACCGCUCGACGACAUCGUGUCCAUGAUCACGCAUCCCGACUGCAUACCAGAGGUGAAAGAAGCGUACGUAGGCUUCCUAAACCACUGCUACAUCGACACGGAAGUGGAAAUGAAGGAGAUAUACUCCAGCAACUACAUGUGGGACUUGUUCGAGCGGUCAUUCCUGCAAGACAUGCAGGCGAUACUACAAGGAGACGCGCAUUUGCAAGUCGCUGUCCCUGGCACAUCUGAGGAGCCACCAGCAUCAGCGGGCGGGGCGCAGAAGGCCUGGGUGGGGUACGUGACCGACGUGCUGGUGCAGACCAUCUGCACGUUCUUCAACUCGCCCUUCAGCGACCAGAGCACCACCGUGCAGACACGGCAGUCAAUCUUCGUGAAGCUUCUACAGACCACAUUCCGCAUCUACCAGUGCCCCUGGCUGACUCCUCCGCAAAAGCUCAAUGUGGAGAAGUGUAUCAGAACACUCAGCGAAGUUGCGAAAUCCCGCAGCAUAGCGAUACCUCUGGAGCUGGAAGGCAAGAUCCAGGCUGUGUUCGAGAAAGUGGCGCAGUUCUCGCGGCAGACCAGCAAGUGGCUGCUCGCCUCCAAGACCUCCAAACUGGACAAAAUGGCUUCUCAGUCGAACCUGCAAAACGACAGAUCAGUAAUGGAGGGUCUACAGGAAAUAGUAGCUUUGUUAGAAGAACAACUGCGACCACUGUUACAAGCAGAACUGUCAUUGCUUGUCGACAUCUUGUACAAACCGCAUCUGCUGUUCACGAGUCCGGGCGAGGCCGCUGAGGAAAACACAAGAGGCAUCUUUAUAUCCAGACUAAUCCGUCACACGGAGAAGCUUCUAGAAGAGAAGGAAGAGAAGCUGUGCGUCAAAGUGCUGCGGACUCUGAGGGAGAUGAUGGCGGUCGACCCGGAAUACGGAGAUAAGGGCAACCAACUCCGCAACAAGCUGCUCUCGCAGUACUUCGUGAACCGCAAGUCGGAGCCCAAGAUCCAGCCCCCGCCGAGCUCCAUCGCCGUCACGCACGGCCCCGGUGCGAAAGUCCUUAUGCGGACCGGGCAGACUCUAGCGCAAGUGCAAGUGCAUCUGAACCACGAGGGGGCCUCGGACCUGGUGGUGGACCUGGUCAUCAAGAGCACCAACCGACCGGCCAUCUUCCUCGAGGCCAUACAGUUGGGUAUUGCGUUAUUAGAAGGAGGCAACCCCACCAUCCAAUCCAGUAUAUUCACCAAACUGCAAAACGGAGAGAUUUCACAAUCUUUCCUGAAGGUGUUUUACGACAAGAUGCGCGAAGCACAGCAGGAGAUCAAGUCCCUCGCGGCGAGCACUUCCUCCGCGGCCACCGGCGACAAGCAGCGCCAGCACGCCGACAAACACAAGCAGCCCACCACUGACGGUAAAACCCCCACCGGGCCGCUAGUAGUGGGUGAGGAGAUGGACGAGGAGGUGACCAGCGCGUGCGGCACCGCUGUCCACGCCUACUCCGACAUACACACCAUGUCGCACGGCUCAACAGUCCUAGAAGAAAUAAUGGCAGAGAAGAAACGUGAAGCCGGCAGUUCUGACGUGCUACCGGCCAAAGUGUCCGUCAUGAAGCCCAUCCUGCGAUUCCUGCAGCUGCUCUGUGAGAACCACAACCCAGACCUGCAGAACCUCCUCCGCAACCAGAACAACAAGUCCAACUACAACCUGGUGUCCGAGACCCUCAUGUUCCUGGACUGCAUCUGCGGCUCCACCACCGGAGGCCUGGGGCUGCUCGGGCUGUACAUCAACGAGGGCAACGUGGCGCUCAUCAACCAGACCCUGGAGACCCUCACGGAGUACUGCCAAGGCCCCUGCCACGAGAACCAAAACUGCAUAGCGACGCACGAGAGCAACGGUCUCGACAUCAUCACCGCUCUCAUUCUGAACGACAUCAACCCCCUUGGCAAGACAAGGAUGGAGCUAGUGCUGGAGCUCAAGAACAACGCUUCCAAACUCCUGCUCGCCAUUAUGGAGAGUAGGAACGACUCUGAGAAUAAUGCCGAGAGGAUACUCUAUAAUAUGAACCCACGCCAGCUGGUAGAUGUGGCGUGCUCUGCCUUCCAUCAGGAACACGCACCAGACGCGGAUUCUGAUUCUGAAGAUGACUCGCCCGUACAAGGCGUGUCUCCUAAGGAAGUGGGCCACAACAUCUACAUCCUGUGCCACCAGCUGGCCGGCCACAACAAGGAGCUGGCCGCGCUGGUGCGCGCGCCGCCCGCCAACGCGCACCAGCACGCGCUCGCGCUGCAGUACUACCGUACUCACACGGCGCAGAUAGAGAUAGUCCGAACGGACCGCAGCAUGGAACAGAUAGUAUUCCCCAUCCCGGAGAUCUGCGAGUAUCUGCCCGCCGACAGUAAGCACCGCGUGCUGCAGACCGCCGAGCGAGACGACCAGGGCAGCAAGGUUACCGACUUCUUUUCCCGUCUCGACAACCUCUUCCACGAGAUGAAAUGGCAAAAGAAGUUGAGAGGUCAACCAUUCCUGUUCUGGGUGUCGUCCUACAUGUCGCUAUGGAGCACGAUAUUAUUCAACUUCGCUGUUCUAAUCAACGUCAUCGUUGCUUUUUUCUAUCCAUUUCAAGAAGAAACCCCCAAACUGGGCCAGCACCUAUCCCUGGUGGUGUGGUGCGUGUCGGGCAGCGCGGCCGCGCUGGUGACGUGGCUGCCGCGCUCGUCCGGCGUGCGCGCGCUGCUGGCGAGCGGCAUCGUGCGGCUCAUCUUCAGCGCCGGGCCCGAGCCCACCCUGUGGACCCUGGGCAUGCUAACGAUAGUGGUGAAGGGCGUCCACCUCGUCUCCAUCAUGGGCAACCAGGGCACACUGUCCAAGGCCCCGCGCCGGGUGCUCCGGGACCCUGAGCUCCUCUACCACGGCGCGUACCUCGGCUUCUGCUUCCUGGGCAUCUGCUGCCACCCAUUCUUUUUCUCGGUGCUGCUUCUAGACAUUGUGUACCGCGAAGAGACCCUACUGAACGUGAUGCGAUCGGUGACACGCAACGGGCGGUCCAUCCUCCUGACGGCCGUGCUGGCGCUGGUGCUAGUCUACAUGUUCUCCAUCGUCGGCUACAUGUUCUUCCGCGACCACUUCCUGCUCAACGUCGACCGGCUGGACGACGACGACGACCCCCGCUACGACAUGGACAAGUGCUCCGACGAGUCCGCCAACAAGUACCUGCACGACGGCAGCCCGCAGUGCGCCCGCGGACGGUUCGUGUCCGUCGGCGGCGACAUACGCGAGCGCUCCUGCGACUCGCUCAUCAUGUGCAUAGUGAGCACGCUCAACCAGGGGUUGCGUAACGGUGGUGGCAUCGGCGACGUGCUCCGAGCGCCCGCUAGCUGGGAGCCGCUGUUCGUGGCGCGGGUGGUGUACGACCUGCUGUUCUUCUUCGUGGUGAUCAUCAUCGUGCUGAACCUCAUCUUCGGCGUCAUCAUCGACACCUUCGCAGACCUGCGCAGCGAGAAACAGCAGAAGGAGCUCAUACUCAAGAACCAUUGCUUUAUUUGCGGAUUGAACAGAUCAUCAUUCGACAACAAAACGGUCUCGUUCGAGGAACACAUAAAAAGCGAACACAACAUGUGGCACUACCUUUACUUCAUGGUGCUCGUGCGGGUCAAGGACCCCACCGAGUACACCGGCCCCGAGAGCUACGUGCACUCCAUGAUCAAGUCGAACAACCUGGAGUGGUUCCCGCGGCUGCGCGCGCUGUCGCUGAUGGGCGGCGGCGAGGGCGAGGCCGGCGAGCUGGAGCUGCGCAGCCUGCAGGCGCAGCUCGAGCGCGCGCACCAGGCCGUCAGGGCGCUCACCGACCUGCUCACGGACCUGCGCGACCAGGCGCAGCUCGAGCGCGCGCACCAGGCCGUCAGGGCGCUCACCGACCUGCUCACGGACCUGCGCGACCAGGUACCUGCUCUAUUACACGCACACGCGAGGUGGCAACCCUGCGCAGCCUGCAGGCGCAGCUCGAGCGCGCGCACCAGGCCGUCAGGGCGCUCACCGACCUGCUCACGGACCUGCGCGACCAGGUACCUGCUCUAUUACACGCACACGCGAGGUGGCAACCCUGCGCAGCCUGCAGGCGCAGCUCGAGCGCGCGCACCAGGCCGUCAGGGCGCUCACCGACCUGCUCACGGACCUGCGCGACCAGGUACCUGCUCUAUUACACGCACACGCGAGGUGGCAACCCUGCGCAGCCUGCAGGCGCAGCUCGAGCGCGCGCACCAGGCCGUCAGGGCGCUCACCGACCUGCUCACGGACCUGCGCGACCAGGUACCUGCUCUAUUACACGCACACGCGAGGUGGCAACCCUGCGCAGCCUGCAGGCGCAGCUCGAGCGCGCGCACCAGGCCGUCAGGGCGCUCACCGACCUGCUCACGGACCUGCGCGACCAGGUACCUGCUCUAUUACACGCACACGCGAGGUGGCAACCCUGCGCAGCCUGCAGGCGCAGCUCGAGCGCGCGCACCAGGCCGUCAGGGCGCUCACCGACCUGCUCACGGACCUGCGCGACCAGGUACCUGCUCUAUUACACGCACACGCGAGGUGGCAACCCUGCGCAGCCUGCAGGCGCAGCUCGAGCGCGCGCACCAGGCCGUCAGGGCGCUCACCGACCUGCUCACGGACCUGCGCGACCAGGUACCUGCUCUAUUACACGCACACGCGAGGUGGCAACCCUGCGCAGCCUGCAGGCGCAGCUCGAGCGCGCGCACCAGGCCGUCAGGGCGCUCACCGACCUGCUCACGGACCUGCGCGACCAGGUACCUGCUCUAUUACACGCACACGCGAGGUGGCAACCCUGCGCAGCCUGCAGGCGCAGCUCGAGCGCGCGCACCAGGCCGUCAGGGCGCUCACCGACCUGCUCACGGACCUGCGCGACCAGGUACCUGCUCUAUUACACGCACACGCGAGGUGGCAACCCUGCGCAGCCUGCAGGCGCAGCUCGAGCGCGCGCACCAGGCCGUCAGGGCGCUCACCGACCUGCUCACGGACCUGCGCGACCAGGUACCUGCUCUAUUACACGCACACGCGAGGUGGCAACCCUGCGCAGCCUGCAGGCGCAGCUCGAGCGCGCGCACCAGGCCGUCAGGGCGCUCACCGACCUGCUCACGGACCUGCGCGACCAGGUACCUGCUCUAUUACACGCACACGCGAGGUGGCAACCCUGCGCAGCCUGCAGGCGCAGCUCGAGCGCGCGCACCAGGCCGUCAGGGCGCUCACCGACCUGCUCACGGACCUGCGCGACCAGGUACCUGCUCUAUUACACGCACACGCGAGGUGGCAACCCUGCGCAGCCUGCAGGCGCAGCUCGAGCGCGCGCACCAGGCCGUCAGGGCGCUCACCGACCUGCUCACGGACCUGCGCGACCAGGUACCUGCUCUAUUACACGCACACGCGAGGUGGCAACCCUGCGCAGCCUGCAGGCGCAGCUCGAGCGCGCGCACCAGGCCGUCAGGGCGCUCACCGACCUGCUCACGGACCUGCGCGACCAGGUACCUGCUCUAUUACACGCACACGCGAGGUGGCAACCCUGCGCAGCCUGCAGGCGCAGCUCGAGCGCGCGCACCAGGCCGUCAGGGCGCUCACCGACCUGCUCACGGACCUGCGCGACCAGGUACCUGCUCUAUUACACGCACACGCGAGGUGGCAACCCUGCGCAGCCUGCAGGCGCAGCUCGAGCGCGCGCACCAGGCCGUCAGGGCGCUCACCGACCUGCUCACGGACCUGCGCGACCAGGUACCUGCUCUAUUACACGCACACGCGAGGUGGCAACCCUGCGCAGCCUGCAGGCGCAGCUCGAGCGCGCGCACCAGGCCGUCAGGGCGCUCACCGACCUGCUCACGGACCUGCGCGACCAGGUACCUGCUCUAUUACACGCACACGCGAGGUGGCAACCCUGCGCAGCCUGCAGGCGCAGCUCGAGCGCGCGCACCAGGCCGUCAGGGCGCUCACCGACCUGCUCACGGACCUGCGCGACCAGGUACCUGCUCUAUUACACGCACACGCGAGGUGGCAACCCUGCGCAGCCUGCAGGCGCAGCUCGAGCGCGCGCACCAGGCCGUCAGGGCGCUCACCGACCUGCUCACGGACCUGCGCGACCAGGUACCUGCUCUAUUACACGCACACGCGAGGUGGCAACCCUGCGCAGCCUGCAGGCGCAGCUCGAGCGCGCGCACCAGGCCGUCAGGGCGCUCACCGACCUGCUCACGGACCUGCGCGACCAGGUACCUGCUCUAUUACACGCACACGCGAGGUGGCAACCCUGCGCAGCCUGCAGGCGCAGCUCGAGCGCGCGCACCAGGCCGUCAGGGCGCUCACCGACCUGCUCACGGACCUGCGCGACCAGGUACCUGCUCUAUUACACGCACACGCGAGGUGGCAACCCUGCGCAGCCUGCAGGCGCAGCUCGAGCGCGCGCACCAGGCCGUCAGGGCGCUCACCGACCUGCUCACGGACCUGCGCGACCAGGUACCUGCUCUAUUACACGCACACGCGAGGUGGCAACCCUGCGCAGCCUGCAGGCGCAGCUCGAGCGCGCGCACCAGGCCGUCAGGGCGCUCACCGACCUGCUCACGGACCUGCGCGACCAGGUACCUGCUCUAUUACACGCACACGCGAGGUGGCAACCCUGCGCAGCCUGCAGGCGCAGCUCGAGCGCGCGCACCAGGCCGUCAGGGCGCUCACCGACCUGCUCACGGACCUGCGCGACCAGGUACCUGCUCUAUUACACGCACACGCGAGGUGGCAACCCUGCGCAGCCUGCAGGCGCAGCUCGAGCGCGCGCACCAGGCCGUCAGGGCGCUCACCGACCUGCUCACGGACCUGCGCGACCAGGUACCUGCUCUAUUACACGCACACGCGAGGUGGCAACCCUGCGCAGCCUGCAGGCGCAGCUCGAGCGCGCGCACCAGGCCGUCAGGGCGCUCACCGACCUGCUCACGGACCUGCGCGACCAGGUACCUGCUCUAUUACACGCACACGCGAGGUGGCAACCCUGCGCAGCCUGCAGGCGCAGCUCGAGCGCGCGCACCAGGCCGUCAGGGCGCUCACCGACCUGCUCACGGACCUGCGCGACCAGGUACCUGCUCUAUUACACGCACACGCGAGGUGGCAACCCUGCGCAGCCUGCAGGCGCAGCUCGAGCGCGCGCACCAGGCCGUCAGGGCGCUCACCGACCUGCUCACGGACCUGCGCGACCAGGUACCUGCUCUAUUACACGCACACGCGAGGUGGCAACCCUGCGCAGCCUGCAGGCGCAGCUCGAGCGCGCGCACCAGGCCGUCAGGGCGCUCACCGACCUGCUCACGGACCUGCGCGACCAGGUACCUGCUCUAUUACACGCACACGCGAGGUGGCAACCCUGCGCAGCCUGCAGGCGCAGCUCGAGCGCGCGCACCAGGCCGUCAGGGCGCUCACCGACCUGCUCACGGACCUGCGCGACCAGGUACCUGCUCUAUUACACGCACACGCGAGGUGGCAACCCUGCGCAGCCUGCAGGCGCAGCUCGAGCGCGCGCACCAGGCCGUCAGGGCGCUCACCGACCUGCUCACGGACCUGCGCGACCAGGUACCUGCUCUAUUACACGCACACGCGAGGUGGCAACCCUGCGCAGCCUGCAGGCGCAGCUCGAGCGCGCGCACCAGGCCGUCAGGGCGCUCACCGACCUGCUCACGGACCUGCGCGACCAGGUACCUGCUCUAUUACACGCACACGCGAGGUGGCAACCCUGCGCAGCCUGCAGGCGCAGCUCGAGCGCGCGCACCAGGCCGUCAGGGCGCUCACCGACCUGCUCACGGACCUGCGCGACCAGGUACCUGCUCUAUUACACGCACACGCGAGGUGGCAACCCUGCGCAGCCUGCAGGCGCAGCUCGAGCGCGCGCACCAGGCCGUCAGGGCGCUCACCGACCUGCUCACGGACCUGCGCGACCAGAUGACGGAGCAACGCAAGCAAAAGCAGCGCAUAGGGCUGCUCAACUCGACAUCCGCGUACCUGCAGACCCUGCAGAUGAACCUGCCGCCGUGA